GAUCUGAGAGGGAAAGUUCAGAUGCCACAACAGUGGCUUACUGUGACACGUACACAUUUGUUUGUCAAACGACUGAUCCCUCAGAACUCUCCUUCCUUCUGUUGCUAGGGCCAUUGCGGAGCUGCGAGACUACGUUUCCCACGACGACCCGCGCCACGCCCCCUUGGCCUCUCCGGAAAGACGUCCCAGGAGCCUCUGGGCGUAGAGCCCCGCCUCCGCCGCUGGGGGCGGGGCGACGCCGGGCUCGGGAGCGCCCGCUUACGCACUUCCUCCCGGGGGUCGGAGGCCGAUUCGCCGUGUGGCGGGUUCGAGUCCCGCCUCCUGACUCUGGUCUCUGGCCCCUGAGUCCCGGGCGGGGUGCAUUCGCCGGGGAACCUCUCCUCGAUCUGGGGCGACGGCGUACUUUGGGCUUCAUCAUGGAGGACUACCUGCAGGGUUGUCGAGCUGCUCUGCAGGAGUCCCGACCUCUACAUGUUGUGCUUGGAAAUGAAGCCUGUGAUUUGGACUCCAUGGUAUCUGCUCUCGCCCUGGCUUUUUACCUAGCAAAGACAAAUGAGGCCGAGGAAGUCUUUGUGCCGGUUUUAAAUAUAAAACGUUCUGAGCUACCUCUGCGAGGUGACAUCGUCUUCUUUCUUCAGAAGGUUCAUAUUCCAGAGAGCAUCUUGAUUUUUCGGGACGAGAUUGACCUCCAUGCAUUGCACCAGGCUGGCCAGCUCACCCUCAUCCUUGUUGACCAUCAUAUCUUACCCAAAAGUGAUGCAGCCCUAGAGGAUGCCGUAGCAGAGGUGCUGGAUCAUCGGCCCAUCGAGCAGAAACACUGCCCUCCCUGCCAUGUUUCAGUUGAGCUGGUGGGGUCCUGCGCUACGCUGGUGACCGAGAGAAUCCUGCAGGGGGCACCAGAGAUCUUGGACAGGCAAACUGCAGCCCUUCUGCAUGGAACCAUCGUCCUGGACUGUGUCAACAUGGACCUUAAAAUUGGAAAGGCAACCCCAAAGGACAGCAAAUAUGUGGAGAAACUAGAGGCGCUUUUCCCAGAUCUACCCAAGAGAAAUGAUAUAUUUGAUUCCCUGCAAAAGGCAAAGUUUGAUGUAUCAGGACUGACCACUGAGCAGAUGCUGAGAAAGGACCAGAAGACUAUCUAUAGACAAGGCAUCAAGGUGGCGAUUAGUGCAAUAUAUAUGGAUUUGGAGGCCUUUCUGCAGAGGUCUAACCUCCUUGCAGAACUCCAUGCUUUCUGCCAGGCUCACAGCUAUGAUGUCCUGGUCGCCAUGACUAUCUUUUUUGACACUCACAAUGAGCCAGUGCGGCAGUUGGCUAUUUUCUGUCCCCAUGUGGCACUCCGAACAACGAUCUGUGAAGUCCUGGAACACUCCCAGUCUCCGCCCCUGAAGCUCACCCCUACCUCAAGCAUCCACCCUAACCUCCAUGCCUAUCUUCAAGGCAACACCCAGGUCUCUCGAAAGAAACUUCUGCCCCUGCUCCAGGAAGCCCUGUCAGCAUAUUUUGACUCCAUGAAGAUCCCUUCAGGACAGCCUGAGACAGUGGAUGUGUCCAGGGAGCAGGUGGACAAGGAAUUGGACAGAGCAAGUCACUCCCUGAUUUCUGGACUGAGUCAAGAUGAGGAGGACCCUCCGCUGCCCCCCACGCCCAUGAACAGCUUGGUAGAUGAGUGCCCUCUGGAUCAGGGGCUGCCUAAACUCUCCGCCGAGGCGGUCUUCGAGAAGUGCAGUCAGAUCUCACUGUCACAGUCGACCACUGCCUCCCUGUCCAAGAAGUGACUGUUGGGAGGGGAGGAGGUAGUGGGUGAGGCACCUGACUCACUUCACAUGCAUGUUUUGAGAUGUCUGGAGAUUCAGCAAUUCGGUCUUCAUUGCUCCAGGAUCUGGUGUACUGUUCUCAUAAAACUGAGAGGAGAAAAAAGUGAAAGAAAGCAGCUGCUUUAAGAAUGGCUUUCCACCUUUUCCCCCUAAUCUCUACCAAUCAGAUACAUUUUAUUAUUUAAGUCUACACCUCCCUGUAUUUCAUUUGCCAGGGGCACAGUGUGACACGUCUACAGUCCCAGCACAGUGGGACAAAAAGAAUGUAGACCCCAAAGUGCCCUCAGCAUGGAUCUUGAACAGAACCAAUAUCUGUCAUGGAACUAAACAGUCAUUGAUGGUCUCCAUGUUUUCAUUUAUUCUCAUUCAUUCAAGUAUUUAUGGAAUACCUGCCUCAAGCUAGAGAGAAAAGAGAGUGCGCUGUGGAAACUUAUUCCAGUUUUCAUUCCCCAGCGGAUUUCCAGCUCUGUGACUCUCCAUUCUGCCACCAUUUAGGUGAUGGUGUUUGAUUCAGAGAUGGCUGAAUUUCUAUUCUGAGCUCACUGUGACUGUUUCAGAUCUAGUUUGGGAGCAGAUUAGAGGCCACUGUCUUCUGUCCUGAUCAGGUGGCCUGGCUGUUUCUUGGAUCCCCCUGUCCCAGAGCCACCUAGAACCCUGAUGGCUCCUGAUUCUCGAGAAUUAAGAAAGCACCCAGAAAGGCCUUAAUGACCUCAUAGGCACUCUUCCAAAAUGACCGCAGAACUGGAAUGAGAGGCCCGGGUCUGUCCCCUGGCUUAGCAGGCCUAUCAAUUUCUUGUCCAUCUCUUCUUCUCCUUGCUCGUUUUAAAAGGAAGCAUGGAGUUCUAAUGCUGCCAUAAACUGUGUUUUGGCAAGACACUUCACUACUCUAGGUCUCACUUUCCCCAUCUAUAAAACAGGGUUGGGACGAGGUGUUCCCUGGUAUUCUGUGAUCUGCCUCUUGCUGCCGUUCUUUCUCUCCUCUGCUUUUCUGUAUUUUUCUUCUGUUAUCCCUGGGGGUGCUCAGGUUCCCGUGAUUGUCUGUAUUUCUGUGUGAUUGUAGCAAGGACUCAGCCUCAUGUAGCAUGAAUAGGGGUGUGGUUUAUGACAUGUGACCCAGCAGAGAGCUCCCUCCCACUGACUUGUUCUGCAUGUGUAGAGUCUCCCCCCACUUUUUUUUUUUUUUCAGACCAACCCUUUACCCCUUUUCCUACCCCACAGCUCUAUUCUCUGUACGUUGCCAACAGUUUCACUGAACAGUGGGGUAUGUGAUGGUUUUGGCAUGACAUCUUCAGUACGAGGGGGACAGUCUGUGACUUCACUUUGAGGGUGUGAUGUCUGUAGCUAUGUGGAAGGUAAAAAUAGUGGUGUGAUCACGAACCAAAGGAAUUUAUGUUUUGUAACUUGGGUACUUUAUUUUGCAUUUUGUUAAAGUAUUAAAUACUUUUUUCCUGUU